AUGGUCGGAUCAUCAACAAUCCGUAAUUACAAAGGAAUCAGCGGUGCUUCAAUCGUUUCCUUCUGCACCGACACUUCGAAGUACACUGUCAACUUUGAUUGGAAACAAAUUGAAACAACAGUGACUGACAAUGCCACCGUUGUAGAUCAAUGGGUUCAAGGCAUCAAUGAUCUAUAUCCAGCAAAUGAAUCCGUUAUCGUUGGCCUAAAUGUUGAACGGUCUGCAAGGAAGAACAGAUCCGCAACAUUGCAUCUUUGCGUUGAUUCGAAGUGCCUUAUCGUUCAACUUUUAUACAUUGGCGAAUUGCCUCUUUCUCUCAAGAACUUUUUCAUCAAACCUAAUUUCUUUUUUGUGGGCAUUUUGAUUGCUAAAAAUAUUUCUAGGAUUCAUGAUGAGUAUGGUGGUCUCAGUUCGGGUAGUGUUCAUGCCGAUAUUAAGGAACUUGCCAUUCAAAAAUGGCCUGACCGGUGGAAUCUGCUGGGUUUGGAGGAUCUAUGUAGCAGUGUGCUUGGUUUAAGUACGAAGAAGCCUAAGCUUGUGAGUUUGAGUAAUUGGGAUGUUAGAGUUUUGAGCGUUGAGCAAGUUGAGUAUGCAUGCAUUGGUGCCUAUGUUUCUUGGAAGGUUGGUUACAAGCUUCUCUGGGAUUGUUGA